AUGGAGCCUCAAGGUCCACUAAAGGAGCUCUGCGAGGAAGCCUCUUGCUCCAUCUGCCUGGACUAUUUCACGGACCCCGUCAUGAUCGCCGAGUGCGGCCACAACUUCUGCCGAGCCUGCCUGACCCGCAGCUGGGGGGAGUCGUCGGGGGCCGCCGAGCCUUCCUGCCCCCAGUGCAGAGGAAAAGCUCAGCCCAGCAGCCUCAGGCCGAACCAGCAGCUGGCCAGCUUUGUGGCAAUAGCCAAGAAAUUCACUCUGCAGGAGCGGAAAGAUGCUGCAGGGGCGAACGGGCCACUCUGCCAGAAGCACCAGGAGCUGCUGAGGUUUUCCUGCCAGGACGACGAAGCCCCCUUCUGCGUGGUCUGCGGCAUAUCCCAGGAGCUCAGAGAGGCAGCAGUGGCAGCUGGAAAAGGGAGAGUUUGCCAGAAGCACCAGGAGCCCCUGAAGCUCUUCUGCAAGGACAAUGAAGCCCUCAUCUGUUGGGUCUGUGACCGAUCCAAGGAGCACAGAGAUCACGAAGUCCUUCCUCUUGAGGAGGCCUCCCAAGAGUACAAGGAUCAGUUCUGCAACUGUCUGGAGAUUCUGAAGAAGGAGAGAGAGAGAAUUGUGGCGUAUAAAGGAGACAUUGAGAGGGAAAGCCAAGACUUGCUUAAACAAACCCAAGGAGAGAAGCAAGAGGCAGUAGCAAAGUUCAGGCAACUGCACAUGUUUCUGGAGGAACAAGAGAAGCUUUUGCUGGCCCAGAUGGAAGAGGUGGAGAUGGAGGUGGCAAAGAAAAGGGACCAGCACCUGGCCGCACUCUCUGAGGCCCUCUCCUCUCUCGAAAGCCUCAUCCGGGAGAUGGAAGAGAAGUGUCAGCUGCCAGCCAGUGAUCUCCUGCAGGAUGCCAGAAGCACCUUGCAGAAGUAUGAAGAAAAGGAGUCAUUUGAGAAUCCAGUGGAUUUUCCACUUGCCCUGAAGUGGCACAUCUGGUACUUCUCAUAUUUCAGUCCCCCUUUGGAGGUCAUCAAGAGGCAAUUCAAAGACACUCUGGAUUCUGGACUUCAUCUGCAGAAAGCAAAUGUGACUCUGGAUCCAGACACAGCCCAUUCAUGGCUCAUCCUGUCUGAGGGUCAGAAAAGCGUGAGAGAAGGAGAAAAACCUCAAGCUCUGCCCAGAGGUCCGGAGAGAUUUGAGAUGUAUACUGCUGUGCUGGGCCGUGAGGGAUUCACAGGAGGCUGCCAUUUCUGGGAAGUCCUUGUGGGAAGUGAGGAAAGCUGGAUUGUGGGGGUGGCCAGAAAGUCUGUGAGGAGGAAGGGAGGCCUCACUUUUACUCCUGAGGAAGGGAUCUGGGCUGUGGGGAAGUGGUCAGGGAUGCACAGGGCUUAUAUAAAAGAACAUUACCCUCCCCUGACUGUGACUGGGGAGCUGAAGAGGAUCCGAGUAUGCCUGAGCUAUGCUGGGGGUCGAGUGGCCUUUUUUGAUGCUGACCGAGCAGCCCUUCUCUAUGAGUUCUCUGGAGCCUCCUUCCGUGGAGAGACUCUCUUGCCCUACUUUUGGGUGUAUAAAAAAGGCCACCUCAAAAUCUCUUCCUAGGACCUUUUCUUCACACCAGGACCAUCAAGAAGAAAAUAGUAUUUCUCAAUAUUCUUCCUUUUUUCAAGGCCUGUGAAGACCUCUCCUGUCUCCAGCCACCAAAAUUUGACUGGGGUAAAAUGGAAAUAUUUCCCCUCCAUUUCCCAACAUUCCUUCCCCCCCCCUUUGUAUCUUAUUCCUUAAAGUGACAGUAAUGCCUUUCCCAUUGUAAAAGAUACAGGAGAGCUCUGAACAGACACCCCCCCCACUUGAUCACUCCAGCCUUCGUUCUCCUCAAGCACAAGAGAGGAACUGCUGCAGAGCCUACAGAGGAAGACGAGGUCCUGCAUGUUUCAGUUACUAUUUGGGAUUUCCUCUCUUCUUUACUGGGCACUAUCUGCUAGGUUUUGCCCUGUGUUCAGCCUGCCUUUUCUGAUGGACACUGGAGAUCCUGUCCCUGCCAAGGUAGCUGUGUUCAGAUACCACUUGUGUUUCAGUUAUGCCAGAGAUUGAAAAGAUGUUAUGUUUAUUAUAAAGUGAUGUUUUGUUGAAAAGUCU